CAUAUCGCAACUUCACGUUUUGCGCUCUCGCGAAUGAAAACAAAUCAUAGAAAAUUUAAAGUGUGGUAAAUCUAUGGCAACUAACAACUCAAUCAUGCUAAUUCAAAUACCGAGGAAUUCGUUAAAUAACAGUGCCGACUUGUCGCUAUCGGCGUCUCCUUCGCAGGAGUUACGCGGUUUGAAGUUGUUUCGUGUGAUAAGCAAGAAACUCGCACGGAAGUCGCAAGAAGAUUUGAACAAUGAAGACACCGAUAGCAGAUGUUCGUCUUCAGACUCUUGUUCCUCCACGUCAACCGAAAGGACGUCUAGAUCAGCAAAGAAAUUGGAAAAUUAUACAACACCGAACGAGAACGGCCUGUUGCAAUCUUCGAGACACAAACACUCCGUAUCGAUGGAAAACUUUAAAAAGAUGUUUGAAGGACUUUCCAUCGACACCAGCCGGUCACAGAGUUGCAGCAGGAGCAAACAGAAGAGGAAAAGUUCGAAGAAAUCGUCGCCGAAGAAAAUACUCCGGUCUCCAGUAACUUACACGUACGUUAAGGGAUUAUCCGGCUUGCCGACGCAGAGGAUCCCCAGGUCUGAAGUUAGGAUUUACACGAACGGCAGCUGUAGGUGCAGCAUGCAAUGCAUUAAAAGUUUGAACCGAUGAAAUUGUUAACAAUAACUCUUUCAAUGAUGUGUGAUGUAUGAUAAGACUGGUUGUAUAUAACUUAUAUUUCUUCUUGCAUUGUAAGUACAGAUUACAUUUUCCACGAAUUUAAGAAAGAACAUAAAAUAGGAAUGAUUUUUGUUCCUAUUUUAUGUAUGAAUAAAAAGAACUGUCUGUCUCCCUUUGGACACAAAUAUUCAAAUCAAAACAUAUUUAUAGUUUUCAAUCAUAUCGUACUAUAGUAUAGAUAAAGUAGUUACACUAUUAUACUUGAAUAACCCAUUUUUACUUAUUACUUCUCGUGAUAUAUUUAUUAAUGGAGCACCUAAUAUUGUAUGGAUUAGGGAAAACUGCACACACAGUAAAAAAUUGAUCUACCUGACAUAAAGUCAGACAUACAACAAAUUACUAUGUAAUAUCCGUUUAUAGUGCCUUUGUAGAAUAAUUUACAUUUAAUA